UUGUUUUUUUAGGUUCUUGUGUGUCAUUUUCCCUAAUGAAGAAUGCAGUACAAUAGAUUUGGGUACUUCACGCUUGAUGCACGAAGGACGUACAGGAUGCUAUAAGUUAAGCUCAAGUGGUGUUGGCUUUAGUGAAACGGGGAUAAUUAACAAGCUCCUUUUCUUUCUUAUCUCAAAAGGUUUCCUUCUAAUGUUGGCUCAUUUCGGAGGGACACAGGUUAAGGCUCUGAGGUGUGGUGCAAGAGCAGAACUGGGCAUCAGCUUCAGGGCUCUCAAACCCAACCGUCCAGGUCAGGCCCUUCCGGCACGGAAAUGUGUUUACAGAGAGUGUGGUUACUAUGUUUCGUGGAGCAAUUCACUGGGAUCAGGUGGGAAAUUUCUCAGGCAGGCCUCUAAUGCUGCUGUAGAAUCUAAAGCUGCGUCUGUGUCGUUGUAG